GCUGCGCUGUGUGGAUUAACGGUACAGCAGAAGCGACCGGUGGGGAGGAUUGAGGAUCAACGGGACAGUUGAGUGGGGAUUUCGGUGUGUGUAACGGACGUCGGUUGUACCGGGAUGUUACCUGCUCCUAUUUUAUUGUCUCUAAAAAUUGCGAUCUUUUGUCCUGUUACAUACUGCAGUGGAGGCGCACGGAGUCGAGUUAACGGAGGGUGAGCGACUUAAGCAGGACACGGAGAGAGAGAGAGGGGGGGGGAGAGGUAGAAGCUUGCGACUGUGAAGUGUCUUUCCAAAAAAAAAACAAGCUUCAUUUAAAAAGCUUUAAAGGCGUCCAACCAGGAGAGGUGCUACUGUGGAUUUUCAGGAGUGUGAAUCAACCUUCAAACUCUGCCUGACGCGUGGGGAUGAUUUGUUGGAAUAAUUAGACUUUUACGCCCUUUUCAUCUGGGAUACUUUAUCUUUCUGUGGAAUUCCUUCCUAUUUCACCUGCUGAAGCACAGCGACCGACAGUGAAGGAGAGGAAGGAGACACUACUGCGAAGAAGAGGUGAAAAAGAGAAGACAAGAAGCCGUUAAAGGGGAAGGAGGGGGGGAUAGUCUCAGUUUCUCUCGGAUUUGAUUCUUUCCUCAACCCGCGGAUGGAGGGAUGAGACCGGGAGAAAAAGACGGGGAGAGAGAGCAAGAGAGAGGAGGAAGAAGAGGGGGAUGUAGUCGUCGGGCGCUGUGAGAAUGCAAAACGGACGCACCCCUCUGGAAGACAGGAUUGAAAAAUAAACCCAUACAUACGGAAUUAGCAACCAGGAUAUUUCCAAUCCUUACCUCGGUAUAUAUAUGGGGCAUAUUCUCUUAUCUGGAACCUAUUUGUGUGGAGUUAUAACUACAGUCAACACUAUCUUUCUAAUUAUGGUGUUUUGGAAGACCAUUUCGCACUGACACAGUACGCAGGAACCGUGACACCCGGAAAGAGAGAGAGUGAAACCAGAAAAGAAGAUUUUGGACUUCAACCCUCAUCCAUGAUGUUAUAGCCAUGGUAACAUGUGAUUCCUGAGGCAGAGUGUUAUCCACUUUUACAUCUCUAAAGGUGUCGUGUCCAGGUGGGUUGGUAACCAUGGAGAGGCUGUUGCUGUGCGUGAUGCUGGCAGUUGCCAUGGCGGUGCGGGCACAGAUCUGCCCGAAGCGCUGCGUAUGUCAGAUCCUGUCACCCAACCUGGCAACCCUCUGUGCCAAGAAAGGUCUACUGUUUGUACCGCCUAACAUUGACAGGCACACAGUGGAGCUACGGCUAGCUGACAACUUUGUCACAAGUGUGAAGAGGAAAGACUUUGCAAACAUGACACGGCUGGUGGACCUUACAUUAUCCAGAAACACCAUCUCCUACAUCACACCUCAUGCCUUUUCUGAUCUGGAAAACCUCAGAGCGCUACACCUUAAUAGUAACCGUCUGACGAGGAUAGGCAAUGAUACAUUCAGCGGGAUGUCAAAGCUCCACCACCUGAUUCUGAACAACAACCAGCUGGUGCUCAUCCACCAGGGAGCAUUCAACGACCUGCUGGCUCUGGAAGAAUUAGACCUCAGUUACAAUAACCUGGAUUCUAUUCCUUGGGAGGCCAUCCAGAAAAUGACAAGCCUCCAUACUUUGAGUUUAGACCACAACAUGUUUGACUUCAUUCCAGAGGGAACAUUUUCCCUCCUCCAGAAGCUCAACAGGCUGGACGUCACUUCUAAUAAACUCCAAAAGCUGCCACCAGACCCGCUUUUUCAACGAGCACAGGUCUUAGCCACUUCAGGGAUCAUGACCCCCACUUCUUUUGCGCUGUCAUUCGGCGGGAACCCUCUCCACUGUAACUGUGAGUUACUGUGGCUGCGAAGACUGAACCGGGAGGAUGACCUGGAGACGUGCGCUUCACCCCAACACCUCUCCGGUCGAUACUUCUGGUCCAUUCCUGAAGAGGAAUUCCUUUGCGAACCUCCUCUCAUCACCAGAUUCUCCCAUGAGAUGAGGGUGCUUGAAGGGCAGAGAGUUGCACUCAGGUGUAAGGCAAGAGGAGACCCAGAGCCAGCUAUCCACUGGAUUUCUCCUGAGGGCAAACUGGUCUCUAACUCCUCCAGAACGUUGGUUUAUACCAACGGGACUCUUGACAUCCUCAUCAGUACUGUGAAAGACACCGGCUCCUUCACCUGCAUCUCCUCCAACCCUGCUGGUGAAGCCCAUCAAACAAUAGACCUGGUUAUUAUCAAACUCCCACACAUCUCCAACAACACCAACAACAUCCAGGAGCCCGACCCGGGAUCGUCGGACAUUUCCACGUCGACCCGAGGCGGAGCCAAUGGGAGCAAUGUGACGGGUGACGUGAAGGGUGGGGUGGAUAAGCGGGUGGUGACAGCUGAGGCCACUUCAUCCACGGCUCUUAUCAAGUUCAAUUUCCAGAGGAAUAUUCCAGGCAUCAGGAUGUUCCAGAUACAGUACAAUGGGAGCCAAGAUGACUCGCUGGUUUACAGGAUGAUUCCCCCAUCCAGCAAGAACUUCCUGGUCAACAACCUGGCAGCAGGGACCCAGUACGACCUCUGUGUGCUGGCCAUCUACGAUGAUGUCGUCACCUCUCUGACAGCCACACGUGUGGUCGGCUGUGUGCAGUUCAGCACCGAGUCAGAGUACAUGAGGUGUCAUUUCAUGCAGUCUCAGUUCCUCGGUGGGACAAUGAUCAUCAUCAUCGGAGGGAUAAUAGUGGCCUCUGUGCUCGUUUUCAUCAUCAUCCUGAUGAUACGGUACAAGGUGUGUAAUCCUGGUGAGGGAGGGAAAGGCGUUUCUCUGUCUAUGACCAAUGUUCACUCACAGACCAAUGGCUCGCAGUCACAGGGAUGCACGGUGACUCCCAGCGCCUCUAAACACGGCUCAAUCGGAUUAGACGACCUCUCAGUAGGCUCAAAGAAAAGGAGCGAAGCAGGAGGGGGAAAGGAUACAGUGAUUCAGUCCUCUGACUCUUCCCUGCCUGACUGCUCCACAGCUACGUCCCUUCUCAGCCAGCCCUGGGCCGCCAAAAGCCCAACCGCUGGAAGCGGGGAGCGGGAGAAGGGGGGUGAAGAGAGAGCUAGCAUCUCUUCGCCCACCACAACCAACGGUUCACUAUCUAAGCCAAAGCGGAAGCCGGCCCCAAGUAAGCCGGGCUCAGUUUGCUCAAACACCUCGGCGACUCCUGAAAAUCUCAUCUCCCCUUCCCCUCGCCCACCUUCUUCCACCUCCUCGGCUCUUCUCCCUUCAUCGAUCCCUCUAGAGAAUCUCAACACCAACCGCAAUAACUCAACAUCUCUCAACCAGACCCCGCCCCCCUUUGCACUGUCCACGUUCUCCAGCCCUCACUCCACCCCGAGCCCGGUCCCCUCCAUCCGCUUCAGAGAGACGCCCAUCCUGCGCAGGGCUCCUCGCGCUGUCCCCUCCGCCUCCACCUCCGUCAAGUACAAGACUCUCCCGGUGGAAGAGGGAGGGAGGAGCAGGGCGAGGAGGAGGUACUCGCUCAGUGAGGGAGGCAAUUCAAAGACUCACUCGCCCCAUCAGGGAGCAGGAGGAGUGCCCAAAUUAGGCCGUAUAAUGCGGAACAAAAGGAGCCAAUCAAUGAGCGGGAUGCUGCUCCUGAAAGACGGGGAUGCGGACUCAGACAGAGGGCGGUGCGAGUCGGACUGGAUUCUAGAAAGCACCGUCUGAACUCAAACGAGUCCGCAACCAUCAAACAAACUUUGGUUUAAAAUCAUCCACUUUUGUAUGAGUGUGUGUGUGGGGUUAUGUGUGUGACUUUGUGUGUUGGUUUGGAUUUGUUUUGAGGUGUGUGAGAAAAGGUUCAAGUGUGUUGGCAGCACUUGAAUCUGUGUGCUGUUUAGAAUGUGCGUUUUCAGUGUGUGUGUGUGUCUUUUCCUGUUGGAGGCUUUGUUUAUAGAUGUGUGUGUGUGUGUGUGUGUGUGUGUGUGUUUCGAUGACUGCGUGUUCCUGAGUGAAAGAGAGUGAACUUUUUUUUUCAUUUUUUAUCAUUUUCAUAACUUUUCUCCAAACUCUUCUGUUCCAUUUACAGAUUUUUUCACUUUGGCAGUUUCCUAUCUGUUUUCACUGGAUCAUUCAGCGAGCGGCUGACUCGCCUUGUCUCGUAGCGUCUUCAAGUUGUCUCAUUGAUUCCACUUAUAGCACAAAAAGAAAACAAGACAAUGGGUUUGCCACGUCAUUUCCAGGAUCACUGUCACCUUAUCUGAAACUACCACAAAAAGGGAAUUAUUACAGGAAAUAAAAAAAGACAAAUAAAAAAAACUGUAAAAGAACACCAUUCUUACAUUCACACGCCCAUAGGAAGUGUGUAUCAAUACGGUGGCAAGAGAACAGCAGUCGGUGCCUUCUUUUGCACUAACAGACCCUCUGACAGAUGAAGAAACCAGACUGAGGAUUCCAUACAACCACGAGCGGGGGAUUGGGAUGGAGGGGCCAAACAAAGAGGAAGAGAGAUUUCACUAAUAGCCUUUCUUACCUACUGAGGAGUACAUAUGUUUCCUGACAUGUAGACCAACACAAACUGAGACAAAAAGUAACAAAACAGGUGAAGACUUUAACAGACCUCGUAUGAAAUUGAUAUUUUUUAAAGGGAAGAAUGAAAAAAAAAAAAGAAGAUUAAAAAAAAAAAAACCCUGUGAGCUUUUCACUGACAUUGGUAUACUGCAGCCUGUGUUCAUCACAAGCUCCUGGAAAGCUUCUGUACAGAAAAGACAACAUGUACUGUGUUGUUAUGUUGUGUAAAAUAAAAAGGGAUAAAAUGAAAA